GUGAGUAAGUAUCAACACGUAUUUAAAACAAAGUGCAUCGAUAGUGUCAUUUAGAAUUUGCAAGAUUUUGUUGUUUCAAAUAAGAAAUGGAACGUUUUAAAAUACAAGAAGCAUUUACUACCUUAAAGCCACUUUGUGAUGCUUUAAUGAAAAAUCCAAAUGUAAAAAUUGCUCGUGAUAUUGCCAAUGUCUUUCCAAAAAUCUCAGACAAAGUUAUUCAAGAUUUGUUUGAAUAUAUUUUAUUUCCCUUCAUUGUGCAUCUACCAAAUAACACAUUAAAUCGAAACAUAAAAGAGGAAUUAGUCAAAACAACUCAAGCACUAAUAUGCAGGACGAAGAUAUCAAACAUAAAAUAUUUCACUGAAUUAUAUUCGUGCCUUUUAAUACAAAUUUAUGACAAAACUCAAAAAAAUAUGGUAAUCACAGGACAUGAAGAACUAAAAAUAGCAGUACUCUCAUGCAUUAAAACUUUGAUAAAUUCUUGUUUCACAAAUGUUUUAGAACAGAUAUAUACAAAAGAAAAUGCUGCUAAACUAGGACAAGGGAUAUUAUUAUCAAUAACAAUAGGAAGAAAUGAAAAAUCCAAUCUUCUUAGAUUAGAAGCUGUUGAAACAGUAAUGACGUUAUGUCAAAUUAAUGAUGAAUCAAAUCGAUUUGAUCCUAUAUGGCAUGAUCAAGUUGCUGAUAUUAUUAUGUUAUUUUUACCUGGAAUUGUCAGUGGUUUGCAAGAAAUAGCUACAGGAAGUGAUACACAAGGGUAUAAACUUACGAUGAUAGCUCUAAGAGCUUGGGGCAGGGUGAUAUCUCUUGCAAUGAAAGAUAAAGAGGAAGAAGACUACGUACCAUCACUAAGUGAUUUAGUCAAAAUAAAUAAUGAAAAACCUAUUGAUCCAACUGAUAAUGUAGGUGUUUUUCCAAAUAUGAAAAAUCGAAGCGAAUUAGAGAAUCAUCUUAAAAGUACAACAAGGAAUAAAGAAUGGUUUAAUGCUUGCGCAAUUAAACUUAGUAUACUUGUUCAACAAUUACAUGUAUUAAUAAGACAUUCUCACUAUAAAGUUAGAAAAGAACUAGUUGAAAGUAUUCAUUUAUUGCUUACAUCAUGUCCUAGGAAUAUGAAACCAAAUAUUAUAUUAUUAAUAGAGUAUUUGAUGUGUCUAACUGAAGAUGAAUUUCCAGCAGUACAUGACAAAGCUGAUGAAGUAUUAAAUACAAUUAUUACAAAUUUCAUACAAGGUAAUAAUAUGAAGUCCUUAGUGGAAUUGUUAGAAGAAAAUUUUUAUGAUUUGCUUACAAAAUUACCUAGGAUUAUCAGGAAGUCUGAUGAUAGUGACCAGUUAGCUUGUUUAAAUCAAAUUGCUGGUUAUUUAAAGCUUCUUGGAGAAAAGAGAUUGCCUCAUAUUAUGAUGUCAGCACCUCACGUUCAUAGAUUAAUAUUGGCUCUCGUAUAUGUAUCUGAAAUAAAUUAUAGUAAUGUCUCUCUUCUGCAAGCAAUAAAUGUUAAAGAUCUUGAUGAUCCAGCAUAUUCAUAUGGAUCACAUUUGUGGAGACAAUUUAAAUUUAUCCAAAAUAAUGCGUGUGAAGCGAGAGUUAUUGCAAUAUGUAAAUAUUUAGGUGAAUUUGGAGAUCUUCGAAUUUUAGUAGAUACCAUUCUUGAUCUUAUGCUUAAUGCAUCACAGCAUAGAAAGGAGUUAAUCUUAUUAUUGAACUGGAUAAUGUAUGUGCCUGUCAAGGAUUCAUCAGUUUUAUCAAUUUAUAAAGAGGUUGUUGAGUUUUAUAUAAAUCCUGAAUUUUGGUAUCCACCAAUUGAAAUUAGUAAAGAUACAUCCUUACAAGUUGCACAAAGCAAUGUGGUACGAUGUUGCUUAUUAUUAGAAGGUUUGGGAUUAAUAGCUCAAAAUUUGAAACGUGAUUAUGAUAGAUUUCUUCUUAAUACGUUAUAUCUUGUUAUAGAAAGAGCAGGUAGUGGACAUAGUCUAAUCAGUUUUGUUGGUACUCAAACUCUCGAACAAAUUGCAAAAUCUCAGCAACAUGAUACAGUAGGAGAUCUUCUACGUGCAAAUGUCGACUACUUUUCAUAUCAUGUUGGUAUAAAAUUACGUAAAGUAGAACAUAAUCCUAAUGUACUUGAUGUGGUUGAAGUUGUUAUGAAAUAUAGUACAAUGGAUGUAUUACCCUGUUUGAAACAAAUUGUUGAGGAUGUGCUAUCACAACUAAAUAACAGUUUUCAAAAAAGAAAUUCUUAUGUUUCUUUUUUAAAAAUUUUUUAUACUUUUAUAAAAUGCACUAAAAAAUUUGCAAAUUCUGAACAUGUGCCAAUAGUACAUGAACAAAGUAAAAACGAAUCUUCAACAGCUAAAAGUGAAUCUUUGAAAAUUAUUCAAUUUUUAUCAGAUUAUUGUGAAGCAAAAAAAGUUGAUGAAGAUAUAAAUGAUAUAGAACAAUGUUGUGAUAUUAAAGAGAAAGAGGAGAAUGAAGAAGAAAAAAUAGAAAUAGAAGAAAAUGAAUAUCAAGAAAAUUCUAUAGAACAAGAAGAAAAAGAAGAAAAUAUACCACUUUACAUUAAAAUAGUUGAAGAUGUACUAAAACAUUGUACACAUUUUUUACCAUCUAAAGAAAUAGAAAUUUCAUUGAUUGCAAUGACAACUAUACAAGAAGGUCUUGAGAUUUUAACAAAUUGGGAAAAUCAACUAUUACCCAUUGUGCAUAUACUUUGGCACCCACUAGUGGAUAGAUUUUACGAUGAAAAUGUAUUAAUAAUUAAUCGAGCAUGGCAAUUAUUAAAUGUGGUAGCUCGUGUUUCAAAAGAUUUUAUACGACAUAGAACGUUGAAACAAGUAUUACCCGCACUCUCAAAGUUUCUGAGUAAUUCUGUUAAUGAAAGUUACAAUAAAAGCUCUGAGAGUAUAUAUAAAUUUACUCAAACUUAUAAAUUACAAAAAGAAUUACUUUGUACCUUGGGGCAAAUGACAAAGAAUUUACAUCUUCAGGAACGAGAAACAUUUAAUGUCUUAAGUAUUGUAGAGCCAUACCUUGACAAACAUCAGAAUUUCGUAUUACAAGAAUGUUGUGUACAAUUGUACAAGGAUAUUGCGGAUUAUAAUAGUGAUAUUGUCUGGGUGAAAUGUCUUGGUAUUUUUAAUUCUAAAGUAAAAAAAACUGUUUCAGAUGCAACGUUUAGUAUUACAGAUUUAAUGAUUACUGAAAAUAUUUCAACAAAUAAAUACUUGAAAAAUAUACAAAUUAUUAUAAAAUAUAUUCAAGAUAAAAUUGCUGAUUGUCAUGAAAUUAAAAAAAUAGUGAUAGAAUCUAUAUAA